GACUAAUAUGCCCAUUUCUAUGAAACUGAACUAUGAGAAACCCAGCACUAUUUCUUAAGUUCUCCAGUUUUUAUGCCACUUUUAUGGUGUUGGACAUCGUGAUUUUCCCCACUAAUCCUGAUUAGUCCCUGUCUUGUUUGUCAGGCCACAAUUUGCUGUCCAGAAAGAUGCAAAUAUACCCUGAAGCCAAACAAGUUUCAAGAAUCAGAUGGCCAAAAGAAGCUCAGGAAAGAAAGGAAGAUGUGAAACAACAUAAGUAUAGACUGUUAGGAUUUCUGAGGAAGCCAAAGAAAAAGGAUCACUUGAGCAAUCUAAGAUCCCAUUUGGAGUUAGAGAAGCCUAAUGAUAUGCAGAUUCCUGAUGGUGAUUUUGAACCUCCAAGACAGAGUUUCUGGGAACCCAUGGAGGCAGCCAAAGAAGCCAAAGCUCAAAUCUUUGAAAUGUGGAAGAUGACAGAAGGCUUUCAAGAAGUUGAGGUGAUCAGUGGAAACUCUACCCUUGAAGAAAUGUUUUCUCCUUCAUAUAGUGUUGAUGGGGAUAAGAAGAGAGAAUCUGGAUAUCCUUUGGGUACAAGUAGCAAAGAUGGAUGGAAGAAGAAGCCUUUGAAGAAGAAGAAGAAGAAGUCUAAAGCUUCACAGUAUAGCUGGUGUUUGUGGCCAAGCCAAGGUGCAGUUAGGGAUUUCAGCAAGUUUAAUGGCCAUAGUGAAAUGGAUGAUUAUCCUGAAACUGAUUGGAGUGAAAGAGAAAUGGAUUUGGAAAAGAUAGAUAUGCAUGCUUUCUCUAAGAGAAAUUCUUGUCUUUUAUAUGAUUCAAGUGAUAAUAAUAAUAAUAGUAAAAGGUUGGAUCCCUCUUUUGUCCAGAAAGCUGCAGUUAGACAGGAUAUGUUUCAAGGAUUCCAACAGGACAGGUUAGUUGCUAUGAAAGAUGCCAGAAUUGAGAGAGAAUCAUUGAAGAUUUUGAAGGAAGCUCAUCAGACCAGUCCAACUUCAGUUCUUGAACCUCCUUUUCAGGGUCCUAGGACUGAAUGUUUUGACAGACUUAUGCCAGAUUCCCACAGUUUGGAACCUCAACUUCAGCUGCACGAAACAAUUUCGUGGGAUUCAUAUUCAGGUGAACCCGAAAUAGAUGUGUCGAGCAACGAAGAUACCAACAAAGAAACCAUUUUGUGGGAUACAUACUCAGAUGAACCCGAAAUAGAUGUGUCUAGCGAUGAAGAUACCAAGAAAGAAUCUGUUUCUGAUUUUUCUCAACAUCAUCUCGGAGCGUUCAUUGAAGAAGAAAGUAGUAGUAGAAGUAGGGACUACUCCUACCUUGUUGAUGUUUUAGAUGAGUCCCCUACCAUCCUCAAACUGCAGGGUAUAGAUUCUUUGGAAUGCCCUAUAAGCUCAUUGGUGUUUGAGAGAUUAGAGAACAAAUAUGGGAAGCAUAAUAACUCUUGGCCAAAGUGGGGAAGGCGGCUUUUGUUUGACCGUAUAAAUGCAAGUAUGUCUGAGCUUCUGCAUUCUUAUUACAUUGAGAAUAUCUUCUACCUUGAAGCAAAAUCCCUUAAGGCAAGAUAUGAUGAUGGUCUUACAUUGGGAAGGAACAAUGUCGAGGAACAACUUUGGAGGCUGCUACUAGUUGAUGAAGGGGAGGAAAAGGGAAUGUGCUAUAAGGACUUGCCCCAGAAGGCUGUUCUUGGAACAAAGUGGUUGAAAUUGGAGAGUGAAAUCAGUAUUGUCUGUCAAGAAAUAGAGGAUUGCAUGUUUGAGGAAUUAACAUCAGAAUUAGUUCUUACUUGUUCUUCCCUUCAUAUUUCCUCUUUUAACUGAAAGUAGGAAGUUUGGUCACUAUAAUAGUGACACUUUUUGGCAGCUCCGUAGUUGCACUUCUGGUAAAUGUUUUGAUAAUUAAUUUAUGUUUUUGUAAGUAUUUUUUUCUAAAUAAAAAUAAUAAUUUAAAGUUAUCAUAAUGAGAUUUUC